AACUGUUCGUGUCGUUCGCAGUAUGUCUGGACGUGGAAAAGGAGGCAAAGUCAAGGGAAAGGCAAAGUCCCGUUCGAGCCGCGCUGGAUUGCAGUUUCCAGUCGGUCGUAUUCACCGUCUACUCCGAAAGGGCAACUAUGCCGAGCGUGUUGGAGCCGGUGCUCCCGUCUACCUGGCUGCCGUGAUGGAGUAUCUGGCCGCUGAAGUUCUCGAGUUGGCAGGAAAUGCCGCUCGUGACAACAAGAAAACCCGAAUUAUCCCACGUCACCUGCAGUUGGCCAUCCGCAACGACGAAGAGCUGAACAAACUUCUUUCCGGAGUGACCAUCGCUCAGGGUGGUGUCCUGCCAAACAUCCAGGCCGUCCUGUUGCCCAAGAAGACCGAAAAGAAGGCCUAAAUUCGAUCGAAGUUCCCACCCUUUAACAAAAUCCGUCCUUUUCAGGACGACCAAUUUGAUGGUAAAGAGUUUCGUUUUCAAAACAGUUUCCUUCGUGGUGCGCAAGGAGUGAUAAAAUGAAUCCAUUAAAAACAUGGUUGAAUCUUUCUGUCAUGCUCUCCCUAGUUAAUUGAUAUCCUCAUCGAGUAAGUUCGAUGAUGGUUGAUUAGUGUAGGCGUGUCUUGAAUUCCAAGAAAUUAACCAGUGCAG